GCUCCGCGCAGGGGCAGCUCACUGGAGUUUGGUUCUCGAGGCGGUGGCGGUGGCGGCGGCGUCGGCGGCGGUGGCGGCGGCGCUCCCGCGGCUCCUCCACCUCCCUCGGCGCCGGCGGCGGCCGGGGCCCGAACCCGGCUCCCUCUCCGCCACCCCGUGCGCCCCUAGUUCCCCCGGCGCCGCGGGGAACAUGCGGCUCCGCUCCCGGAGGCCGGCGAGUGAGUGACCCCGGUUCCCCGCCUCAGCCCGCCCGCCGGCCCGGCCGCUCCCCCCGUCUCGCCCAGGCAAUGACAGCGGCUCCGGCGUCUCCGCAGCAGAUGAGGGACCGGCUGCUGCAGGCCAUCGACUCCCAGAGCAACAUCCGGAACAUGGUCGCGGUGCUGGAAGUCAUCUCCAGUCUGGAGAGAUACCCCAUUACCAAAGAGGCCCUGGAGGAGACUCGACUCGGGAAGCUCGUCAACGACGUUCGCAAGAAAACCAAGAACGAGGAGCUCGCCAAGCGGGCCAAGAAGCUGCUCCGAAGCUGGCAGAAGCUCAUUGAGCCAGCUCAGCAGAGCGAGGCGGCCCUGCGUGGGGCCAAUGGGGGUGCUCACAAUUGCCGGCCGGAGCCUGGGGCCAUUGUGCCCAAGGGCAUCCCUGACCUCAAGCACCGAAAUGACCUCCAGAGGUUGCCAGGCCCGCGGCUGGACAGGCUGGGAAGCCGCAAGCGCCGAGGGGACCAGCGUGACCUCGGCCACCCCGGCCCGCCCCCCAAGGUCUCCAAGGCUGGCCAUGACCUCCUGGGUCCCAACUGCUCUCCUCGUCCUACCAAUGGGAUCAGCGGGAGCCCGGAGAGCUUCCCCAGCCCCGUAGAUGGCAGUGGGCUCCUGAGUUCUGAAGGCAGCCGCCUGGAGGCCGACGAGAAUGACCAGCUCAGUGGCAAGGUCCCUGUGAACGCCGUGAGGCCGCACCCUGGCUCCCCAGGACUCGGCCGGCCCCCCGGGCCCUGCCUGCAGGCUAAGGUAGAGGAGACCCCUGGCCCUCCCCACCCCAGGGCUCCAUCCCGCUGCUCCUUCAGCCCCCGGAACUCACGGCAGGAGGGCUCCUUUGCCCGACAUCGGAGCCCCUACACGCCCAAGGGCUCUGUGUCUAGCCCUUUGCCUCGGCCCUCAGUGCUGGAGGCCACGCAGGUGCCAUCCCCGCUGCCACCAGCCCAGCCGUCCACACCCCCUGUACGGCGGAUGGAGCUGCUGCCCAGUGCAGAGAGUCCAGCACGUUGGCCGGAGCAGCCUGAGGGACACCAGCGGCUGGCAGGCCCAGGCUGCAAGGCUGGGUUGCCCCCCGCAGAGCCACACCUGCCCGUCUCAGGCUUCUCCCCGGACUCCUCCAAGGCAGACAGCGAUGCGGCCUCCUCAGGUGGCUCGGACAGUCGGAAGAGGAAGAGGUACCGGUCUCGUGACUAUAUGGUGAACUUGGACGGGCAGGUGGCCGAGACGGGUGUCAAGCCUGUCCGGUUAAAAGAGCGCAAGCUCACCUUUGACCCAAUGACCAGACAGAUCAGACCUCUGACCCAGAAAGAGCCAGCACGGGCUGACAGCCCUGCGCUCACAGAGCAGCCACCCCGGACAGACCUGGAAAAGCAGGAGGCCAAGGUGAGCCUCCAGAGCCCCUUCGAGCAGACAAACUGGAAGGAGCUGUCCCGCAACGAGAUCAUCCAGUCGUACCUGAGCCGCCAAAGCAGCCUGCUGUCGUCGUCAGGUGCACAGACCCCGGGUGCACACCACUUCAUGGCCGAGUACCUGCGGCAGGAGGAGAGCUCACGGCGCGGGGCCCGGCAGCCACACGUGCUGGUACCCCACGCGCCGCCCGCCACUCUCCCAGGGCUGAGCCGAGAGGUGACGCAGGAUGACCUGGAGCGCCUGGAGGCUGGCCAGUGGCCGGGGGUGAAUGGGUGUCGGGACACACAGGGUAACUGGUAUGACUGGACGCAGUGCAUAGCGCUCGACCCGCACGGUGAUGACGGGCGGUUGAACAUUCUGCCUUACGUGUGCUUGGACUGAGGCCAGCCUGGAGCUUGUCCCCACCUCGGGCUAGGGGUACGGGUGGGGUGCGGGCCUCCCUCUGGCCCUUCCCUCCACACUCUCCUUCUUUUGUGAAAUGCUGCUAUCAGUUUACUAACAUGAUUGCAAAGGAAGGACUGCGCAGAAGGAAGGACAGCCAGGGGAGUUCAGAACUCUGGCAACCAGCUGUGCAGGCAUCAGGCCUGUUGCCCACCAGAGGGGGGUCAUAUGCGGCUCCGCCUAGGGCCCUUCGGUAGGCAGGCAGGCAGGCAGGCAGGCAGGCAGAGGACCGCAGUGGGAGAGGGUUACCUUUAUCGGCGACAGACGCACGCAUCUCAUGUCUUUCUGUCUUUUCUGUUCCCGAGUCAGCCCAGUGUCUGUGAGAUGGUGGGCUGGCCUCGGCCUCUGCUCUCCACCCAGCCCGUCUGUGAGCCGCUGGCAUCGGGUGGGUAGGCUGGCUGGCCGGCAUACCCCACACUCCACGGGCACCCACCCAUUCCUGUCUGGUUUCAGUUGAACCCCCAUUCUUAAAGAAAUGCUGCAGAAAUUUCAGUUUCCUUGAGUUUAUUUUUAUGUUCUCUUCAGCUGACCACCAGCCAGAUAAUACCUUUUUCCCUCACCCUUUCUGUCCUCCUCCCUCCCUGCACAUGCCUAGAGAACUUCACCUUUCCAGAGCCUUGCCAGCUGUCCGCCCCCAGCAGAGCAGGUGCGAACAGCAGGGAGGCCGUCUGUGCCGGGACACUCAUAACCAUUCCCUUAGAUGUGUUUGCCUUAUGGUUAUUUGUCAUAAACGCGAUUUGCAAAAACGAAGAGCCUUAGUGAAUGUACAGUACCUAGACUUCUGUGUCCUCAGGACGUAGAAGGAGCAACUUUGCUAUUUGGUCCAGUAAGUGGACACCUUGUGAUAUAAAUGUGGAAAUAAAAACAAAACAUUUGCACAAA